CUCGUCGGAAGGAGAGUGACUCAAUAUAAAGUCCCUCACCCUGUAUUCAAGUGGCAACUCCCUGAACAAUGCUCUUCCCCCGUAUUUCUCUCCCCGCUCUCCUCUUUCUCGGCGCAGGGCUUGCAGCCGAGGCCUCUACCGUCGGGAACGUUUUUUACUUUACGCCGGACGUUGGCGCGUGUGGCUAUAACAACACGGGGUCAGAUCCCGUUGGGACUGUCUCUUCGACGACGUUCAAGUCCUUCCCAAAUCCCAUCUGCCAACAUAAUCUGACCAUCACCGCUGGAAACGUCACUAUCUCGGUGUUCAUCCGGGAUUAUUUCCCCGAGGACAAAAAUGCCAAGAAGAACGAUGUCGGGAUCCCCGAGUUCGAGUUUGUCAAGUUCGCGCCGCUGGACGAUGGGAUCGUCGAGAACGCCUCGUGGGGGAUCGUCUGAGAUGCGUGUGUACUGCAACGUAUAAAGCAAAUACUAUACAAUCCAUUCUCAUGGGGAGGAACGAACACGAAUAGAAUACGGCUUCAAUUAC